AUGGGUAUCAAAGACGAAACCGCGACCCCGGGAACUUCCCAACCACACAUUUGCAUAAUCGGUUCCUUGAAUAUUGAUUUUGUGACAUCGACCCCGCGAUGCCCCGGCCCCGGUGAAACUCUUACGGCAACCUCCUUGUCCGUCACAGCCGGCGGCAAAGGUGGAAACCAAGCAACAGCUUGCGGUCGUGCCUCAUUCAUUUCGAAGGAUACACAAGAUGUUGCCGUGAGCAUGAUCGGAGCGGUUGGUGCCGAUGAUGUCUACUACUCGACCCUUCUCAAGCCUGCUUUCGAAAAGUCCGGUGUCAACACAGCAAGCAUCGAAGAGUCCACCGAGGCCCAAACUGGAUCAGCCAGUAUCAUUGUCGAAGAGGCCGCUGGAGGAGAAAAUCGCAUUCUGGUUGUUCCGGGCGCGAACCAUGCUGGCAUGAUGAACGAUAUUUCACACAUCAUCUCGGCCGUGAAGGAGCAGGAAGUUAGCCCUGGAGUCAUUGUUUUGCAAGGCGAAAUUCCGCGCAAGACUACACUUGGUCUGCUCGAAUACUUCAACGGGGGUGUUGCAACCACCAAUCGCGCCCACGUGGUCUUCAAUCCUGCGCCCGUUUUCCCCGAGGGCAUCUCGCUUACGGCUCUGAAACACACAUCUGUCCUCAUUAUGAAUGAAACCGAGGCGGUCCAGAUGUCGAGGUCAAUUGUUGGUCUUCCUGUUUCUGACUCGACCCAACCCACCGAGCUAGACGACUUGCAACCUGAAGAGCUUGCACCGAGAUUCCAUGAGCUGGCUCAUGUUCCGAUUGUGGUCAUCACUCUCGGGGCUAAGGGUGUUUACUUCUCUACUCGCACCGGCCGACGUGGCGUUGUGCCCGGGGUUAAGGUGUUGAAGGUUGUUGAUACUACAGCUGCGGGUGAUACUUUUGUCGGAUACUUUUCAACUGCUCUCGGUCGAUUCCUUGCGACCGGUGCAUCAUUAGAGUCCUUUGAUGAUCAGAUUGAGGGUGCGGUGUCGAAAGCAAACGCUGCUGCCGCCAAGUGCGUUCAACGAAGAGGCGCCAUGCAAAGCAUUCCCUUUGCCUACGAUAUGGAAUAA